GAAGUCAUAAGAAAGAAUUGAAGUUGAAGACCAACACAGUCCACAGUUUCUUUUUCUGCACAGAAAGCGAACCUUCUCUUUUCCCUCAUUAUUACUCUCUCCAAACUUUUUCGACUAUAUGUUUUUUUGCCUUCUCUCCUUGACCACCCCAGUGCUCCACAACUAUAUCUAACACAAUUAAUAAGCAGAGGAUAACGGAAUACAUUCACAUAAACUAAGCUAAAGCUAAGCUAAAGAAAGAAAGAAAGAGAGAGAGAGAAGAAAAUGGAGUUCGAUCUUGGAGACUCGUUAACAAGUUCCCAAGAACACCAUACUGAUACUAUCCCAGAUCUCUUUGCCUCAGAAGCUGAUCAUAUGCCUUCAAGAAGCUUUUUUUCUCGCUUGAAAAACAGAGAUUUCUAUGCUCCUUUUCGAAGUGAAGCCAUUUCUCACAUUUCACAGGCGCAGUUUUCCUGUAACUUAGACCCCUUCAUAUCCUACCUUGCUAUUAACUACAUGGAUCGGUAUGUCUCCAAGCAAGAAAUACCGCAAGGAAAGCCCUGGAUUUCGAGACUAAUGGUAAUCGGUUGCCUCUCUCUAGCGUCAAAGAUGAAGAACUCGCCAUUCUCAGUAUCUGAUAUUCAUAGAGAAGAGGGUCUUGUGUUUGACGCUCAAACAGUUCACAAAAUGGAGCUUUUGAUUCUCGAUACUCUGAGUUGGCGAAUGAGAUCCAUAACACCUUUCUCAUUUUUCUCCUUCUUUAUCUCCUUUAUUGAAAUUAAUGACUCUCCAUUGACACAAGCUCUCAAAGACAGAGCUUCGGACAUUAUCUUCUGCUCCCAAAAUGAUAUGAAGUUCUUAGAGUAUAAACCGUCAAUAAUUGCGGCAUCAGCGCUUCUCUCUGCAUCUCAUGAGUUAUUCAUACAGCAAUUUGCUUCUUUCAAGGCUUCACUCUUAGCUUGCCAAUACGUUAAAAGUGAGAAUUUGUUGAAGUGCUUUAAUAUGAUGCAAGAAAUGGUGGCGAUGCAAGGGUACGUGUCGAAUUCAGACACGUUAUCAGGCACAAGAACACCAAUGAGUGUGCUCGAACGUGAAAUCACCAACUCGGAAGGUGAAAACUCCAUGGCCACCACUACCUCCUCAGCUCAAAUAUGUGUCACUUCACCAAUGGUAGACAAGGACGACAACAAGAGACGAAAAUUGAAUGGUCUGUGCAGUAGUAGUAGUAGUAGGUUUCAGCUUUCUCAGUUUCAUCACUACUGAGUAUUGAUUAUUAGAAUCAAACAAGGAAGCUGGUCCAUGUCUAGUGACAAUUGUCUCCUGCGAUGUUGAGCUUUUGGGCUCUGAUUUGAAGCGUUAGACGUUGUAACGAGUCAGGCUCAAGUCUGUUUCACUUUCCUCUGGCUCUUUCUCUCUUUCCCACACCCUGUUAAAAAGAGUAAAGUACUUGAAAAUUAUUAAGAAGAAAAUAAAAUCUUGCUUAGUAGGAUGUGGUAGUGACAAAAACAGGGAUUUGUUUACUUUGAUAAUUUAAGUACCUUUAAUGUUGAAUACACCGUUUGUGUCCUCUUGAAGUGCUACUACUUUUUAAUUAGAAAAAUAAAGAAUAUAUGUAUUAAUAUUUUUAAUAAUGUCA